GAGACGUCACAAAAUUCACGACGCCGAAAGUAAAUUUUAUCUAUUUAUAACUUGUGGAAUGCUAAUUGCCUCUAGUUAUUAGCAGCUGUAAUAGUUUGUUUUUGUUCUCUUUAUCAUAAAUUCAAAUUACACAAGAAUUUGCUGUCCCAUAUCUCAAAAUGUUGGGUUCGGGUGACGGUAGCCACAUUAUCAAACUACGGGGUUUGCCUUUCUCUACGACAAUUGAAGAUGUCCUCGAUUUUUUAAACGGCGUAAAUGUUUUGAAUGAAAAGGAUGGUGUUCACUUGACUGAAGUACGUCCUGGAAGGCCAUCCGGAGAAUGUUUUGUUGAAGUGCAAAGUCAAGAAGACGUAGAGGAGGCUCUGAAAAAAGACAAGGAAAACAUGGGGAAAAGAUACAUUGAAGUAUUUUCUACUGACCGCCAAGACAUGGAAUGGGCUUUAAACGCUAUGCGUCAAAGUGAAAAUGGCUUUGAUAGUAUACCCAAUGUCACCGAUGAUGUAGGUGUUGUCAAACUGAGAGGCUUGCCUUUCGGUUGCUCUAAAGAAGAAAUUGUGCAGUUUUUUAGCGGGCUGACGGUGGCCCCUGACUGGGUGCACUUGCUCUCCGACCACACGGGGCGGGCCUCGGGCGAGGCGUUUGUAUACUUCGUUGACAAGCAGAGCGCUCAAGACGCUCUCAACAGGGACAGGGAGAAAAUAGGACACAGAUACAUAGAGGUGUUCAUGAGCUCCGCGGACGAGAUGCGAGCGUAUCGCUCGCGUAUGGAGAGCGGUGGCGGAUUCAAAUCCUCGAGAGGCUACCGACCCACGCCCUACGAUAGGAAUGACAGAUAUGGAAGCCGUUUCGGAAACAGGGGACGGGGAAGCUCUUUCGGACGAGAUCCGUCUCACGUUACAGGCGGCAGCGGUGGCGGUGGUGGUAACAGUAGUGGUGGCGGGGGUGGCUACUCUCGCGGCGGUGGUCGUCGCGGCGGCAGCUACUGCGUGCACAUGCGCGGAUUGCCCUUCAAGGCCACGCCGCAGGAUAUCGCUUACUUUUUUAAACCUAUCCGGCCGAUGAAUAUAAACAUUCUAUAUGAUAACAGCGGUAGGCCGUCCGGUGAAGCGGACGUUGAAUUCGAAUGUCACGAAGACGCCAUGAGAGCGAUGAGACGAGACAAGAACAACAUGGACCACCGCUACAUUGAGCUAUUCCUCAAUUCAUCCCCUGGAAGCAGCUUCAAGCCCACGAGAACGUUCCGAAACUAUUGAUCGUUUGCCUCUCAUCGCCGGAAGACCAGGAAAUAGAAUCCGGUAUCACUUGGCAAGAUAAAUCUACUUUUACUUUGGGAAUGGUUGAAUUAUUCGUAAACUUUUAAAGUAAAACUAUAUUUGUAUUUAAACCACCCAUCUGUAUUGAGUUUUGUUGUUAUUAUAAAAACAGGGUCAUCUUUAUACACUUAAUUUGAAUACUAAAUUUUUUAUAAGAAAAUAUCAAUUGCACAUAUAAUUUUCACUUUUUUCAAACACUGUAAAUACACUUCUUGUAAUUUCUAUAGAUUCGUAUUUUUAACGGAAAGGUAAAAGAUUACAUACCAGUUUUAAGCAAUAAAUGAUUUCAAUGUGAUGAUAUAAUAUUUAAAAGUACAUGUGCAUCGUCAAAUUAAAAGUGGUUUGGAUUGGAGAUCCUGAAACAAUAUUAUUGUUUGACUUGCAAUGUGUAUAACUUAUCUUCAUAGAUCCGUUCACUCACGAAGGCGCUCCUUCGCGUUAAAUUAUCGGCGUGCAUUAACUAAUAUGAUCUAAUUUGUAUGUUUUUGCUGUUUUUAUUCAUACAUUAGUCAUCUCACGGACACUAAGAUAAUGUGUGAAUUGAAUAUUUCCAGUGAAGGGGAAAGUAUUUCAAAGGUGAAUAGAUCUAUAGUUGAUUACUGGAUUCACUCGAAAUUAAUAAACCACCGAGAAAACUUAUCACAAUAAAUAACUUUUUGGAAAGGCACAAAUU